AUGGCGGCAUCUACGAUAGGGCAGGGCAAGAAUGGGAGCUUCAUCACGGGGCUGGAGCUCGACGAAGUGCAAUACCGAACAACAUCGUCAUCAAGCGCCUUUCAAUCCGCUCUUGCCGCGCUCGAUGAAACCAAAGCGGCCUAUCGCGUUGACGACGCGCGACUUCCAUUUUCGGAACAAUGCCUCGAAGUGUCGCUGGAACAGACACCACAAGGUGAAUAUUUUUUCAGCUCUCAAGUGCUGGCAUUAUUGUGCAAGCACUCCCACUCAGAUAGCCACCACAGAACUGAGUAAAUAAGCGCGAGAGAGCGCUUGCUUUUUUCAUCUGCUUGUGUAUCGACCUUGACAGAUUCAUCCCAGUAUUGCUACGUCUUUGCUUUUCUUCAUACCUACAUCAGGCGCGACGACGCAACCCGUUUUCCCGCUACCAGUAAACUUACCGCUAGAGAAGAUAAAGAAAAAUUGCGCGAUCAACUUAGACAUUGGUCAAAGUAUGGAGCAGCAGAUAAUCAGAGCGCAAUGGGCGCGCAGUUUCGCUUCACCCGCUGCUAGCGCGAUAAUAGCAGAUAUGUUUUGGUACUUUUUGCAGAUACAAUUGUCAAACCUUGUUGAAAACUGUACUAUCCGGGUAGUGCAGAUUCUCUAUGCCUCUGUGAUGAAGAGUUUUUAAAACCGGAUUUCCUCUGGCAGUAUUGAUCUUUUACCCUGAAGUGAACACUUCUGAUCUUGACCCCAAGAGGACUUCACUCAGUAAUUGCACAUGAAACAGGUACGCCAUUUGCUAUUAUUUUAAGAGUGGAGAGUUUCUUGAAGAGGAAGAGAUAUUAUUCGAUCGCCUCUCGAUGAAUUACGUCGCGCUUUUUGCUAAUAUCACACCAGGAAAGCGAGAUUUCUUCUUCCAGCACUUCGCAGAUGCUGUGGCUCAAGCGGUAUAUGAAAAUUAAGAUUAUUUCAGCUAAAUAAUAUAAACAAGUACAUGAACAUGUAGUACAUGAUUGCAUUGCUUCUGCUUGGUCCUUCUAUUAAAAGAACGAAAUGAAUCUUCAUCUUGCAGGUGUUGUAUUGCAUGUUCCUGGCUUUUCCGAAAAGUCGAGUGUCAUUCGGCGCAAAUUUCAGAAAGGACCUGGUCUGUAGAAUAAGUUACUGGUUCACUGGUUUCAGUCCGCAGUUCCUAUCGAUUUCGCAUUGGAAGCUGAAUCUCGGUGGUGGUGACGUGCUCAAGACAGCAGAAGUCCCUGGAGAGGCUGCGGCUGCUGCGGGAGGAUUGUACUUCGUCACUUGUUCUUUUAGAGGUAAACAUUGACUUAUCUUCCAUCUAAGGGUAACACUUCUGCUAGUACAAGCAGAAUCAUUAAUAUGCAUAGAUAUUUUACUUGAUUAUAUUUUUCAUCACAAUCAACAUGAUCAUGAUGACAACUCGGCUUGCGUUCGUCGCGUCACAGAAUGACUCGUCACACAUUGCCAAUUAGGCUGGAACUAACCAACGUCGGUGCAGAUGCGGGCCACGAUGAGCAGCAGUCAAGUGCACCGAUAAAGAGCCGACCGCCACGCGUGAUGCGCACGCUGCGGCAUAGUCCCUUGCUUGAACAUUUUGUGAAAGAGCAAAAAUUUGGCUCUGCAAACCUAGUAAAAGCACUGAAGAUCAUGCUAACAGAUGCGGAAGACCACGUGCAAGCACUGCACAGAAAGCACUCGAAACUGCCGAAGCAGGCCGCGGCCGCGAAGAAAGUCAGUGAGGACUUACUAGUAGAGUAUGAGAAAAUGAACCAAGAGCUCAAAAGAGAGGAGGUCCAAAAAACGAUGCAGCUGAAAAAUGCAAUGCAGGCGGUCGAGACGAAGAAGAAGGAGCUCCUAAGGAAAGCGCCGCACGACUUUGCAAAUUACCUUGUAAGUCUAAAGCUGCUACAGUCGGAAUAGAUACUGCUGUACAGGAAGGGAAGCAGGGCAAUCAGAAUGCUAGACUGAAACAAAUCGGUAGUGCUCCUAGAAGACGGCAAGGCCAGGGUCCUGCUUUUUCUUUUUGACCUUGAUCUUGUUGUAUGUGUCCUUGUUUUUGUAUCUUUUUGCACAGAAAAUGAAAUACAGUUGUCGCCGCGGUCAUUCAUUUGCUCAUCUUAUUUUGCGGCCAGCAUUAUCGUUAAUCUUAAUGCUGCAUUAAAUUUGAUUUUCAUCCAUGACUAUUUUCAGGUAGUACGCAACAUCUUAGGUUCUUGAUUCUCGACUUUGCAUACUUAUUCUAGAGUAGUUUAUAGAACGGAAGUAGGAUGGACUUGGAUGGAUCGGAUGGACCCCCCUGAUUCUUCCGAUCCUACUUGAAAUUGUGGGAAGUCCAUCCGAUCCAUCCGAUCCAUCCCAUCCCGGAGCUGGCACCCCUAUAAACUGCUCUACUAUUCUUAAUAUUGUAUCCAUCUAUCAUGAGUAACUAUGUAUUACAUACACUGACUCGAUCUAGAGCAUGAAGUUAAAGCUCGUGUUGGACUGGUCAUCCUCGCGUGGACAGAUUGCGUUGCAUUUUCGAUUUCGGUAAACAAAUUACAGCGUGGUUGCGAUACCAAUCGAUAAACGUCACGACAAUAGAGAAUCGCUUUCUGUAUCUUGUUCUCUAUUUUGGAUCAUUCUCAAUUAUAGGAUCGAUCAAACAAUAGCAGCUAUUAUAUCGACCCACUACUAGGCUAAGAUGUUGAUGUACUUGAAAUUUGAUUAUCAACGAUUUGGUUAUUUAACAUUUAACUUAUAAAAAUUGUAUACAGGAGGAGGCCGAGGCGAUGCUUGUUGCAGCUGAGCUGAUGCAUUAAUUGCUUUUGGAAGAAGAAAAAAGUGUUGCCUUUCGUGAUUUUGUUUUGAAUUUGAACUUGCCAGUGCUCGCCUUCUUGCCUCCUAGCUAAGCCAUCUUUCUUCUAACCGAAAGCGAAACCGAAUUCACUAAGCAAUAGCCAAACCGAUUUCGUCAUGCGUUCCUCUGACACCUUUUCACAUCUCAACUCCCAAAGAAACCCUUUGACACCUACAAACAUCUAGUACUACGUCCUUCCAAUCUGUUCCACUUUCACAGAUUCAGCAAUACAAACACGCAGCACCGCAGAUCAGGUCAUAUCCCGAUCUAAUUUACUCGUCUUCCCAACACAAUUAUACGAGAAAGCGACGCCAACACAGGAGAAAGGUGUUGCAUUAGGUAC